AGUUUUGAACGGAAUCAUAUUGAUGAAUCGAAUAUUGUAGAGGCAAAUUGACCAACCUACAAGUAUUCUCCCGUCUUCCCGUAUACAAGCUUCAAAAUGUCUAGCAAUUCCAAGUCGUCGACGACAGUGUCCAUCAAAGAUGUGUUUUUCUUCAUCCCCAAUUUAAUCGGGUAUUUCAGAGUGCUUACGGCAAUUGCUUCAUUUGUUACCAUGAAAAACCAUCCUUAUUACACUUUUAUAUUGUACGGAAUAUCCGGGUUCUUGGAUGCGUUUGAUGGGUAUGCCGCCAGAAAAUAUAAUCAAGGAACCCGUUAUGGGGCUGUUUUGGAUAUGGUGACAGAUAGAUGUGCAACUUCGUCUUUGAUAUGUUAUUUGUGUGUGAUUUAUCCCCAAUACUGUUUUAUCUGGCAAUUGUUGGUGUCGUUGGACUUGGCAUCCCACUAUAUGCAUAUGUAUGCCAUGAUGUCCACCGGAUCGGCCUCCCAUAAGAAUGUGGGUAAAGAACAAUCGAGAAUAUUGUCUCUUUACUACACAAAUAGAAAGGUGUUAUUUGUUGUGUGCCUUGUUAAUGAGUUGUUUUAUGUGGCAUUGUACUUACAUUCGUUCCAAUUCUUUUGGUUGGGAACUGUCUUGGCCUGGUUGAGUGUACCUAUCUGGGCAUUCAAACAGUUUGCUAAUUUGGUCCAGUUGAAGGCUGCUGCUAUUAUUUUGGCGUCAAUGGAUGCUGCUGAAAAGUCAAAGCCCAAGAACGCCUAGAAUGGUAGCUCCAGUUAUUUAUUCUACUUCUCCACAUGACUUUUGCUUAUAUAUAUAGUUUAUCCAUUACUCAUUAUGCGAUGAAGCCAGAGCUUCUCUCUUGUAUACUCUUUUUGAUGAGCCGAUCAACAAGCCCUUGCCCGUGUUCAAGUAGUUCUGGGGAUUUUUGGAUGACGGCCACCUGUUUCUCCAACUCGAAACACUUGUGUAACAUCAUUAAAUUAGAGGUUUUCUUGAACCCAUUUAUACUCACAUUCAAAUACCGAAGUAAUUGAUUGAAAAUGACUUUAUUCGUAGAACCCACUUCCUCAAGAAGGGUUGGCAGUUUGAGGAUAUAACAGCAGGAUCUGGAAAGCUCGUAGUAUGCCAUAGACGAAAACUCCAUAUUUUGCACCAGAAGAGUUGUGGUUAAUUUGGAUCUUAAAACGUUAUAUGCAUCCACAAAGCUCUCGGAGUUGUUCAAGAUGGAAGAAAAUAUUAUGGUUCCUUCUACCACAAUGGAAAUGAACCCAACUUUCUUAGCGUGUUCCAACUGUUGUACCAACAAGGAAAGGGUUCUCAUAUGGGCACCUGAUUCGGUGAAAAUCCUACAUUUAAGCAAGUUCAAUCUCAUAUUAGCGAGCAUAUUGGACUUAUUCUGGGACAUCUGGGUCUCCAUUUGGUUCAGGUAUAAGAAUAUCGAGUUUAAGGCCUUGGAGUUGUUGCCGAUGGCACUCUGCACUUGGGCAUUAAGAUGAACUAA